AUGCGAUUAUGUAGGAGGAAAUAUGGAUUUAACAUCAGUAGGCUGUCUUAUAAAGACCUUGUCAAGGCUAUAGAUGAACAGGGCAAAUGCACAGUAGAAGAAGUUUACUAUCAAAUUCCCGGUAAAAGUCUUAGGGAUGGUGUGAGACAUGUGUUUGAUGAUAAUGGUUUGAGAGAUAUUGUCUACCAACAUCUGCAUGGUCAUGAAAUUUUUCCGUAUGUUGAAUGCAAUGGUAAUGGACAUCAGGAAACACUAUUGGAAGCUCGUAAUGAAAGCGAAGUAGCUGAUGAUGCAUGUCAUGGAGAUCCGAGAGGGCGGGAAGCUGAGCCUUUUCACAUAGCUCAUGUCCUAGAGUUAUGUGCGCAAGCUCGGAAGAAACCCGCAUACUGGGAUGUUGACGAUGAAGAUGAUGAAGAUGACGAAACACUUGUGCAUACAUUUUGUACAAGUGAUGUUGAUGAUGAGGAUAUGCAACUGACUAGGGCACGGGUGAGGAAAUAUCAUGAAAAGAUUAAACAACCAUUUCGGGAGCUUAAUGAGGCCAUUUCGAUAAACCGGAAUGACAGACCUCCAACAUCAUUAGAUGGUGAUGAUGGUGAAUAUGAUGAAUGCGAUGAUAGUAGCUCGGAAGAUGAGGAUGAUGAUGUUGCAGUUCAACCACAAAGGAAAACUAAGUUUCCCUUUUAUGAUGCAAGUAGUGCAAGUCCAGUAUUAUGUGUAUCGAUGAAGUUUGAUGAUGUGAAGCAAUUUAGAGAUGCUAUUAUUCGCUCACUGCGGGAGGAGCACACAUGUAGUAUUGCUUUCGAUAAUAAUAGAGUGACUAGUGUGUGGCUAGCCAAGCAUUUCUUCAGCACCAUUAAGGCCAUGCCAAACAUUAAAGGUCCUCAUCCGAAACAACUAGUUAGAGAGCAAAUAGGUGUGAAUGUUUCCAGCAGUCAAUGCAAAAGGGCCAAGUACAAGGUGAUGCGUACGUUGAUGGGUACGUACAAAGAAGAAUAUGCACAAAUCUGGGAGUAUGCUAGGGAAUGCAAGUACCGGAAUCCUCCUAGUAGAAUUCAUGUUGAAGUUGUGGAGAAGCCAUUGCUUAGUGAUGGGACACAGUUUAAUAGGAUGUAUGUAUGUUUCGAGGCAUGCAGAAAAGGGUUCCUAGCUGGCUGCGGGAAAGUCAUUGGUUUCGAGGUCUUGGCCGCCAUUGCCAGAGAUGGAAAUAAUCAAAUGUUUCCAACAGCAUGGGCUGUUGUGAAGAUACUAACUGGUGCUUACACAUGCUUGUUCAAUGUGUGGGGACUUGUGCCAGCAAUUGCUGAUUUGAUGCCGUAUCUUGAGCACGGAAUGUGUGCUCGGCACAUAUAUGCUAAUUGGGCUAAGAAGUAUAAAGGAGAGCAAUUGCGAGAGGUUCCGAAAAAUCCAACUCAGGCUGCGGGGGUAGGUGAGCGCACCGCAGAAAGUAACGAUGCGGGACAAAGCGCGAGGACAAAUCGGUACAAAGGAUCAAAGUUCGGGUGA